GCAGCAGAAUGGACUGGCCAAAAAAAUUUGAGUGGGGUAGCUUCAGGCCUGUGAACUUUUUUUCCAUGGCCAGCGGCCGCGCACUUGCUGUUUGCCCGGAAACAAGCCGCAAUUGAUCAAACACCAUUCUAAACAUAGCUCAAACAACACAGAUUCCUUCUCCCCGUCAACUAAACUAUAUCAUGGCAGGGGCUGGUAGUACCAGCUCCUCAAUGACAUCGACCUCGCACACCCUCACCUACGCCCCCGGAAUGGCGCCGGCGUCGACAUCAUCCGAGCUCGCCGCGAGGCAGGGCUUCCUCGCCGCCCUCGAGGCCGCCCGCCGACACAAAUUCCUUCGGCCUGACCAGUCGACCCCCAAAAACUCCCUGGAUCUGGCCAAGGAUACUUUGGACGCUUUCGCCGGCCAGGUCUGCGACGAGCAGGACCAGCGCCUUCGCGAUGCCAACAGGAAACGGAAGCGCGCCGAGAUGGACCGUUCAGACGUGCUAAAGAUUCGCAAGCUGCACAUUGACGGUUUCGAGACGGGCCAGGUCUGGCAGCAGACCAAGAGGAUUAUCUCGUCGGCGCUGUCCGAGUCACAUGCCGUCUUGCAAGAGCUUGAGGAGUCAGGCGAGGUUCAGGACGGUUCCGACGAGAAGGCUUCAGGCGCGAAAGUUGUGGAGUUUGGCGAGGAUGGUUUUGAGGUUGGCUCAGACGACUCGGAAGAAGAAUCCGACGCAUCGGGCUCUGCCUCUGGCAGUGACGAUGACGAGGUGUCUGGAGUAUCUGAGGAUGAGUCUGAGCUAGAGAAUGGCAUUCAGGGCUCGGAUUCUGAACAAAAUGUUACGGAUGGGGACAUGGAAGACAUGGGCGAUGAGGACGACUACGAGGAGGAGGAGGACUAUGAGGAAGACGGCCCGGAAGAAGAGUACGUCGAAGACCCUCACGGUCUCAACGAUGGCUUCUUUUCUCUCGAAAACUUCAACAAGCAAACCCAAUGGUUCGAAGACCAAGAUGCCAGGGCAGACCCAAAUACCGACGUUGUUAGCGAUGAGGAGGAUCUCGACUGGCACGCGGACCCUAUGGCGCAAAAGCCGAAAUCCAAGGCUGAUAAAAAAGAGAAGCCCUCUUCAAAGUCAAGGAAAAGCCAUAGAGAGGAAGAGCCCCCAUCGGACUUGGAAAAUGACGAUGAUGACGACGACGAACAAGGCCCAACAUUCGGUGACAUGGACCUGGAUGCACCGGAAGGCGCAAGUGACGACGAGUUUGGUGAGAACGUCAACACUGGCAACGAUAAUGAGUUGACGGCGGACGACAUUUUCUACAAAGACUUCUUUGCACCACCAGCCAAGAAGGCCAAGAAGGGAGAUAACCGACGCAACAAGGACUAUAGGCCAAAACAGCCAAGAGAGUAUGAUGUGGAGGCGGCCAUGGAGGGCGUGAAGCGAGAUCUCUUUGAUGACAUGUCGGAGGGUUCUGGCUCAGAAGACGAGUUAUCCGAAGUAGAGGCUGGUGAUCCCAAGGCCCGCAAAUCGGCCCACGAAAGGCGCCAAGCAAAGAUCACAGAGGAGAUUCGGAAGCUGGAGGCUGCCCUGGUUAAGCCUAAGGAAUGGACCCUGGCCGGUGAAGCAGCGGCUCCCGAACGACCUGUCAACUCAUUGCUGGAAGAGGAUCUCGAGUUUGAGCAUGUUGGCAAGCCUAUCCCUGUCAUCACGGAGGAGGUUAGCGAGAGCAUCGAGGAGAUGAUCAAGCGUCGCAUUAUCGCCCAAGAAUUCGACGAGGUAAUACGGCGACUACCAGGAUCUGAUCUUCCUGCCAACACCCGCCGGGGACUUGCCGAGGUCGAUGAUACCAAGGCGAAGCAGGGUUUGGCGGAAAUCUACGAGGAAGAAUAUGUCAAGAACGCCAACCCAGACACCUAUGUUAGUCAGUCGGACGAGAAGCUUCGCAAGGAGGAGAAGGAGAUCGAGCAGAUGUGGAAAGAGGUCAGCGCAAAGCUGGAUGCUCUCAGCAGCUGGCACUACAAGCCCAAGCCUGCGGCGCCGUCGCUCACUGUCGUCUCGGACGUCGCGACGGUGGCCAUGGAGGACGCACAGCCCACGACUGCACAGGGCGUCAACGGCGGUGCCAGCAUGAUGGCUCCUCAGGAGGUUUACAAGGCAGGCAAAGAGACGGCAGAGACGGGUGAGGUCGUAUCCAAGAGCGGUCUCCCUGUGGCCCGCCAGGAAAUGAGCCGAGAAGAGAAGAUCAGGCGCCGCCGGAGAGAGAAGGAGAGGAUACGGAAAUCCGGUGGCGGUUCUGAAGGCAAGAAGCCUGUCGGAAAGAAGGCGCAGGAGCGCAAGCAGACAAUGUCAGACCUGCGGAAGGGCGGCGUCAUGGUCAUCAACAGACAAGGCGAGAUCAUGGAUGUUGAUGGAAAUAAGCCCAAGGCCUCAAAGGCAGUUUCGAGUGGCAGCUUCAAGUUGUAAAUUCAUUUUUUUUCCUGCUGUUUUGUUUUUGCGAUGCAUGGUUGGUUGGCUUGUUGGCGGGUGUGUAAACGGGUGCUUUAUUACAUGUGAUUCAUCUACAUAUCUAUUGGAUUCGGAAGCCUCAUGUUUGCAUAUGGAACCCAACAUCCAUCUCGCCCUACAUCACGUUUGAUGGCUAUGAGGGAGCAUGGACUCGUAAUGCGGACGGCCGCUCACCCCGUCCCGAUAUUGGAAAUAGGCACCGGCGUUGGGGCCUUGUCACGGGGCUAACCAAGUAAGGUCUCAUGUCUCGAGACGUGAGAUAUUGACCGUGCUUACUCAUUAUCGAUAAUUGCUUGUCGCUGAAAUGGCCGAACGUUGACAGCUUGGCGGACAAUAAUUAGGGCUUGGCAAUGGGUGAAUUUCAUCGGGAAACAGCUUCAACACUCGGAGAAUACGAUUCCGCGUCCCCGAAAAGACAAGACGCAAAGACAGCUUGAAUUGCUGGCAUGAACGGG